AUGGAGUGGACUACAACUGUAAUUUUUCUAACAGCACUAUAUACGUCUGCUUGUGGAGGACACGAUGUGGCCAAGCGAGGCCUCAUCUUUCCACCGACGAGUUUAUAUGGAACGUUCCUCGCUAUCGCCGUUCCCCUCGACAUACCGGACCGGAACGUAUUUGUUUCCUACAAUUUUGAGUCUAACUAUGCCGUCGUCAGCAAUAUCACUCAGCUCGAUGAAGUUAUAUUUCCAAAUCUACCCGUAGUUACUGCACGUCACAGCCGGAGCAUAACACGAGAGUUGGCGUACACGACCCUAGAAACUAAAUUCAAAGAACACGGCAUGGAUGGGAAGAACUGUAUGCUUCGGAAUAUUUGCGAAGCUGCUGAAACGCCUCUUCAUCACAACGGUCUCUUGGGACAUUUAAUGCAUAUUGUUUUUACACCGUCAUCAUCAAAAGAGGAAGGUUUAGACGACGAGUAUUACGUGGCAGAGGCAGACGGUCUGAGAGGCGACUGUGACAAAUAUCUCCACCUAUGCCCUUUCAGUCUCUUUGACGUUGUGACCAGACUUGUUGAAAUACGACAUUAA